AUGAUUGUUUAUCCGUCAGAGCCGUCGACGGCUUCAGUGAAUCGAGAGCAACGCCGUUURUUGCUGCCCGUUGCCCGGAAGUGCUUGCGGUUGCGUUGCGUGUCCCGCGGGGCUUGCGGCUAUGGAAACCUCUACAGCCAGGGUUACGGGACUAAUACUGCAGCUCUGAGUACCGCUCUGUUCAACAAUGGCCUGAGCUGUGGGGCUUGUUUUGAGAUUAGGUGUGUGAACGACCCAAAGUGGUGCCUGCCUGGCUUCAUUGUCGUCACAACAACUAAUUUCUGCCCACCCAACAAUGCCCUUCAUAACAAUGCAGGGGGUUGGUGUAACCCUCCCCAGCACCAUUUUGAUCUCUCUCAGCCUGUCUUCCAACGCAUUGCUCAGUACAGAGCUGGGAUUGUUCCAGUGGCUUAUAGAAGGUAA